AUGUGGUUCGGCAAAUUCUUCUUAGCCACAUACUUAAUGGCAUUCAUCUUAGUUAGCAUCACCUUAGCCCAAAAUUCUCCCCAAGACUAUGUCGAUGCACAUAACGCCGUUCGAGCUGAGGUGGGAGUCGGUCCAGUUACCUGGAACAACACUGUGGCAGCCUAUGCUCAAAAGUACGCAAGUUCAAGAGUUGAAAACUGUGAAUUAGAGCAUUCAGGAGGACCCUAUGGUGAGAACAUUGCAGAAGGCUAUGGUAACCUGAAUGGAGUGGAUGCUGUCAAAAUGUGGGCAAGUGAGAAGCCUUACUAUUAUCAUGAUACCAAUUCAUGCGUCGGUGAUGAGUGCCUGCAUUACACUCAAGUUGUGUGGAGCAAAUCGGUUCAUUUAGGGUGUGGCAGAGCUAAGUGCAAGAAUGGGUGGUGGUUUGUCACUUGCAACUAUGAUCCUGUUGGAAAUAUUGAGGGUCAAAGCCCUUAUUGA